GUCCAAGUCAAGUCUUUUCUCACUGUUGAUCAAGCAAGUCACAAAUCCUCAAUCUGGCGAUUUAAAUCUGACUCGAGUCAAGUCACUAGACUCGAGUCCCCCAUCUCUGGUCACGUGGCUCCCUUACGCUACUUUCGGCGUCUCGCGCACACCAGAGGGGUAAUUGGGUUCGCCGUCAAUUUCAGGAAGUUGAUUGUCAUGUCUAAAACGGCCAGAGGCCAGGCGAGCCUGUAAACCAGAGAAGUUGCUAACGUUAGCCUCGUUGGUGGAGCUCACUAACACCUGAGGUUUUUUAUAUAUUUAUCCAAAAAUGAAGGCGACCCGUGUGUGCGUCCUGUCCUGUUUUAUCUUCCUCUUGUACUCCACCUGCACCGGGGUGUUGGCCGGCAAGAACAUGGCCUCCCAUCGCCCCACUCCGAAGCGCAACCGGCGGAGCCACCAGAACUCCUCGAGGCACAAAGGCGCGCACCACCGGCCGCUGACGCACGAGCAGAAAGCGGACCAGAACCUGCAGUUCAUGUUGAAUCUUUACCAGAGCGCUGCAGAGCCGGACGGCAGGCCCAAACAGCACCGGAAGUUCGGCUCCAACACGGUGCGUCUGCUGAGACCCUCCGCGUCGUCGGUGCACUAUCUGCCGGCGUCCAGAGAUUACCACUACAGCUUCACAGUCCAGUACAACCUGCACACUCUUCCCUCAGAGCAGCUGAUCAGAGCCUCCUUCAUCCACCUCCGCUCUUCCCCCUCCUCCUCCUCCUCCUCCCCGUCUUCCACGAACAGGAGCUCCAAACAGGCCUCGGAACCACCGCGCUGCAAGGCUCAGAUCACCUCGCUGGGCAAAGAGAGCCUGGUGACCCUGGAGCCCCACGAGCGUUGGUCGGAGACGGACAUCACGGCGCACCUGCAGCAGAGGAAGCAAAACGGUGAAGAGGGGCACCUCACCCUCACCGCGCAGUACUGGUGCACCGAGCCUUGGAAAGUGGACGGCAGGUACUCAUCGUGGUGGUUGCAUCUUCGAGGGAGGACAAGAUGGCGAGGGGAGCUUCACCUGGAAGUCCCGUCUCUUCUUCUGUACCUGGAGCAGGAGCGGGAUGUGAAGGACUACAUGUUGGAUGCCAAAGGUGAAGACAUCAUGAAGCGACUACAUCACUGGCAUCCUUCUUUCCACCGCCAGCGCCGCUCCAAAGAGCUCCCGUCUUCGGACACGUCGGUGGAUAUCCUGAAAAGUGCCCCUUCUUCCUCCUCCUCUUUCUCCAACGCCCCUUCUUCAUCCGCCGACUUCCCCAACGAGAAACGCAAAUCCGGCGCUCCCAAGAACCACUGCAAGCUGCACUCGUUCCGCCUGUCCUUCGACGCGCUCGGCUGGGGGAACUACAUCGCGCCGCCGGUGUACAACCCGUGCUUCUGCCAGGGGAACUGCCCGAGGCUGCUCACGUACGGCUACCACUCCCCGAGACACGCCAUCAUCCAGACCAUCAUCAACGACCAGGGCGGGGAUCUGCCGCCUCUGUCCUGCGUGCCUUUCAAGUACAUGCCCAUGAGCGUGCUGGUGGUGGAGAAGAAGAGAGUGGAGUACAAGGAGCUGGAGGACAUGGUGGCCGAGUCGUGCACAUGUCGCUGAAGACUCGCAGUGAGCAUUAAAAGACUUUAAAAAGAGAGGGGGGGAGGGGGGGCAGAUUUGGUAGAUCAUUCGUUUGAUCCACUAACCAUAAUGAGCUAGAGACUGAUGCAGGAAGUCGUUGUGGUUUCAGAUCCUCCCCGUCCCUGUGAAGCACUUUAAGGAGCAGCACUGUGAAGAGCAAUAUUUAUAAUGUCACUUUUGUAUUUUUCCUAGGGAGCUGGAAGCAUUUUAAGCUACUUGAGUGUAAUUUAACUAAGCUAAACCUAGCUUCCAGGGUAACACGAUUCAUUUUACUACUACAGUAACGUGACGCAACAUCAGGGGUACCUAUUUUAAGAAAAAUGAUCCAUCAUUGUCUAACUUCAAAGCCAUAUAAUGCAAAUUAUUAUUUUUUCUUGUACCUGUUUGUAUAUUCCUCUUUCUGUAUUGUUCUUUUAUAAAACCUGGUCUGCGAUUCUCACAAAGAAGCCGCAAAAAAAAAUGUAAAAAAUCAUUUCUGGAUAUAAUGUGAUGGCACUGAUCGAGGCCACUGAGUUUAUACGCUAUAAAAAAGUAUUUUAAAGGACGAGGUUUCUGUUAAGGCCUUGUGACGUCGCACUUUUUGCUGUUUACAGUCAGAACCUUUCCAUUUUUUGUAUGUGUAUAUAUAUAACGGAGGGAUCUCCAAAAGUAAAAAAAAAGGCUGAACUGUCGUAAAAAAAAACAUAAAAUUAAGGGUGAAGAAAAUAUAACUGUUGAAUGUUUAUAACGACUAUCGGUAAUGUUGGAGUGGAAAGGAAUGCAAUUUUUAUUACCAGCGAAUAUGAAUUAUGAAAUAAAAUGCAUGUUUUCUAAAACCUAA